GAAAACUAUUUGAAAUUUGAAGAAAUCAAAAGAAUGCUAUCUCAAACGAUUAUUCUACUGCUCAUUUCAAUUGGAACUGUGGCUUCACAGACUUGCAAGUUUUCAAAAUCCGCAGUGAAGGCCAAUUGGAAAAUUCAAAAUGGGGCAUUGCAAAUUCAAUAUCAAAAUAAUAGAAUUACCAAUAAUCAAUGGACUGCAAUUGGAUUUGGACCCGGAAUGUCAAACCUGAACGUAAUCGUAUUCAUAGUCCAAAAUAGUCAAGUGACUGUACGUACCGGAAGAACAUCUGGAUAUGGUCCACCAUCUUUUGAUAAUCAAAGCAGUGUUAGUGUUCAAAUGGCAAAUCAUUCUGGAUCAACACUCAAUGCUCUUGUCAAUGUCCCAUUAAACUUUAAUGGAAUGAAUAUUCAAAAUUGUCAGACUUGGAAUUUUGUACAAAGCGGUCCAAUCAACAACGGAAAUAUGGGUGUACAUACAUCGAGACCAGAUCAAGUCAAUAAUGUUUGUGCGUCACAGUGCAGAUAAAAAUUGUAUUUUUUAAAUUCUAAAUUUGAUCGAUUUGAUAUUGUUCAUUAAAAUGAAAUUGCAUUUGUUUAAAUUUCGCUAAAGUUGAAUAGUGACAAAUUACAAACUGAAACUUGUA